CCUGUCAUUCUGUCCCUCCCUCCCUUUCUACCAGGCUGUGACACAGGCUUCGGGAAGGCUGCAGCGUGGCGUCUGGACGCACAGGGUUUUGAGGUGUUUGCUACGGUGUUGGACCUGUCUGGGGAGGGAGCCAGGGAGCUCCAGAGGACCUGCUCCCCUCGUCUCACCCUACUACAGGUGGACAUCACCCAGCCACAGCAGGUCCAACGGGCUCUUCUAGACACCAAGGCCAAACUGGGCCUCAGAGGUCUGUGGGGCUUGGUGAAUAAUGCAGGAGUGUGUGUUAACUUCGGGGAUGCAGAGCUUUCUCUGAUGUCUAACUACCGUGGAUGUAUGGAGGUGAACUUCUUUGGGACUCUGAAUGUCACCAAGACAUUCCUGCCUCUGCUACGUCAGGCCAAGGGACGUAUCGUCACUAUCUCCAGCCCUGCAGGAGAGCAGCCGUUCCCCUGUCUAGCAGCGUACGGAGCCUCCAAGGCAGCUCUCAACCUGUUCAUCAACACACUCCGCCACGAACUGGAACCCUGGGGGGUGAAAGUGUCCACCAUACUGCCAUCCUCAUACAAGACAGGUCAGUCCAGUAACCAGGAGUACUGGGAGAGUCAGUACAAGACCCUGAUCCACAACCUGUCCGCAGGCCUGCUGGAGGAGUACGGGGAGGAUUACACCCAUGAGACCAAGGACCUCUUCCAGCGAUUCGCCCAGUCGGCUAACGAGGACCUGUCACCAGUCAUCAACACCAUCAGUGAGGCGCUGCUCUCCCCCCAGCCCCUGGUCCGGUACUACGCUGGGCCCGGCGUGGGCCUCAUGUACUUCAUCUAUAGUUAUUUCCCUCUGAGUCUCUCGGACAAGUUCCUCCAGAGACUAUUUGUGCAGAAGAAGAUCAUCCCCCGAGCGCUGAGGAAGGAGAAUGGGCUCAACGGCAGCCUCAGCCUCAACAACAACAACAACAACAACAACAACAACAACAACGUGGAUAAGAUAGAGAAGUAGAACAAUGAGCUGUUUUUGUAGGAGGUAAAAAGCUGUAGGAUCACUGAUGUCACAUAAACACGCUCAUAGUGUUGUUGUCUAUUUUGUUUGAAUAUGUGGUUUUACAUUGGUGUUCAUAUUGAAGGGAAGAUGAACUGAAGAUGAAUUAGUAUUGCUUCCCCUUUCCAGUAGACGGCAGACACCAACACGGCUGGCACCAACACGGCUGGCACCAACACGGCUGGCACCAACACGGCUGGCACCAACACGGCUGGCACCAACACGGCUGGCACCAACAUGGCUGGCACACAGCUGGCACAGAAGCCAAGUGGAAAAGCCAGAGGUCAGAGGUCAAGUUUAGCUAUCACCACAACCACAGACAUUAGGAAUGUGUCCCAAAUGGCACCCUAUUCCGUAUGUAGUGCACUACUUUAGACCAAGUGCACUACUUUUGAGCAGAACCCCUAUGGGCCGUAGUCUAAAGUAAUGCACUAUGUAGGGAAUAGGGUGCCAUUUGGGAUGCAUUUUUAGAUCCUAGGUUAGCGUGGACUCUUACCUCACUCCCCUCUGCUGCGGUCUGUGACCAGAUAGGGACUGUAUAGAGUACUAGACUAAUACUGAACGUCCAAUACACCAGACACACACAAUAGAAUGGUCACAAUAGCGGCAUUUUGCCACAUUGCAGUGGUAGGUAUGUUUCACCUGUUUGAUGUUGGCCAGUGAGGUGCAUUGACAAGCUAAAUACAGCUAGCUAGGGGUCCAUACUCCUGAGCUCAUUGUCACCACCAAACACCGCCAUACCUAGCGUGGAUACCCAACCUGUUUGUGCUACAAACAUUGGCAUAUGACAAGGAGUGGAAGAAUAGCCCGAACAGGUCUGGUACCCAGGCUAUAACAUACCCACUGUAGGGUGAAUCCCAAAACCUUAUAAUGACUGUCACUUCUUCUCCAAUGGGUUGAGUUGUCUUUCCUCAUCUGUUCUGGAAAUACACCAAUCUGUCACAUCACCACGGAGCUCGGGAAAAUACACCAAUCUGUCACAUCACCAUGGAGCUCGGGAAAUACACCAAUCUGUCACAUCACCAUGGAGCUCGGGAAAUACACCAAUCUGUCACAUCACCAUGGAGCUCGGGAAAUACACCAAUCUGUCACAUCACCAUGGAGCUCUGAAUUCAAGGACCUUACAGAUGUUGUUUUUACUUUGAACAGUUCAUUGUUGUGCAUCUAUUUUUAUUGUAUUUUUAACCCCACUGAAUGUUCUUAAAUCAGAGUAGCUAUGCCAGUUUUAUUUUAUGAAUCACUGAAACUGUGAAUUUUACAAAAAAAAUCUGAAAAAAAUAAUUUCAAAAAAAUAUGUACAUUUUUCACCCGUUGUUCACCUAUCUCUGGUAGUAUUAAAAGUUGACUUUUUAAAAUCUC